AAGCUGUCGCACAAAUACAAAACUAGCUAGACAAACCCCUCUCUAACACUAAUUUCUCAUCUUUUUAUCUGUUAAUUCUGUAUGUUAGUGAACACUGAGGCAUGUCUUCCAGCCAUUCAAAGGACUCUUUGAGCUUUCUGGGAGGCAGAAUACCACCGGAAGUCGAGUCAUUGUCAAAAAACUUGAAGGAUGUGGACCAAGAGUUGUUCCGAAAAAUACUGAAAGCUGUGGUCAGUGCCCUGGAGGGGAAGGACUGCACAGAGGGGAUGAAGUCCAUAGCAGAGAGCAGUGUCAUCCCGCAGGAGAGGCUCUGUCACAUCGUAGCUGGGAUCCACAGACUGCUGUCUGAGGCCAUCCGCAUCCCCACAGCGUUACUUAAACAGGAGAUCUUUAAGGAAGAUCUGAAGGAACUACGAAUACCCGAAGACUUCAUCACAGAUUUCUCCAGUGUGGUUUUUGGAAAUCGCCGUGCAGCUCUAGAAGGGGCCGCCUCUCAGAAGGAUCCUCAUCUCCCCACACUAGAAGAAUUGAAAUGGAGAGUGGAUGUUGCCAUUUCUACAAGCUCUUUAGCCCGAGCGCUGCAGCCUUCUGUUCUCAUGCAGAUGAAACUUUCAGAUGGGAGGUUUCAACGCUUUGAGGUACCCGUGUCUAAAUUCCAGGAGCUUCGUUACAACGUUGCUUUGAUUCUCAAAGAGAUGAAUGAUCUGGAGAAGAGGAGCAUUCUUAAGAUCCAAAACUAAUACACCAUCCGGAGCUGAUGUUUAUGCUAACUCAUCUCUGCUCAGUUUUUAAAACUCAGUGGAGCUUUUCUACAUUUUUCCAUACGAUGUUAUGCAAGAUAACGCUCUGCACGUCAUUAUCUUAUGCUCUGAUGGUGUUGGCAUCCAACAUACUCGAGACAAGCACUUCACCUCCUACCGUGUAUUUAAAAAUAAAUCUAUAAAGUUUUUUUGUUCUCAUUGAGCAUUAGUCUUUGAUGUUUGUGUCAGAUUUGAAAGUCCUGCGAUCCCACACCUGUGCCAAAAUACAAAAAAAGUCAAGUGGGCGCUCGUGCACGGUGGUCAUGUGAUACACGCUCCUCUUUGAAGCAGAACGUUUUGUUCCCUCGCCUCUGGGACUCGUUGUGACAAGAGGUCGAACAAAUGAUUUACAAGUCUUUUAGGUAAAAGCGCAACCAUAAGUGUAAAAAGUAACUUUCUUUUAACUAAAAGUUUGUCUUGUUAUGUGUUUGUUUUCCAAAAUAACAUUGAGGGGUUUUUUUCUCACUGUUGAACCACAUUUCUAUAAUAACAUCUGUCCGUCACUAAAUUUGUAAGGAAUGUUUGAUCUGUUCAGAUUCAAACUGUGUCACAGAAAUAAGAGUUAGAUGAUAAACUGUAAACUUCAAAUGCUGAAAGUCAUUGAAAUGUAUUACAAAGAAAUCUUAUGUGUUCUUGUGACAUCUUUUUACGUGACUGAAACUGAUGUUUUUGAUUAACUGCAGCUAUUUUGUAGAUUAAGUGGAACUCUGUAUCAUUUCACUCUACUUAUUUCUAUUCUUUCAAUGACAACAUGAAUGUAAGUGAACAAAUGUAUGGUGAGGGAAUAAUAGGAUAGUCCCAAUUUGAAAGUAUUAUAAAAGGAAACAAAAUAUUACUAAGCACGAUCAAGAAACACAGAAGGAAGGAAAGUACAGCUUUAGUCUGUGCUUUUCUGUUAAUUUGGUGUUGUUCUGAGUGGGCGUGUCUUUAAAGUUUGCUGCAGUCAGCAAAGCAUUUAGGCUAAAAUAUUAUGCGUGAUGUAACAUAUGGAGUUGCUUUAGCUUUGUAAGUUUGAUCAUUUAACUUCAUAUUAGACUAUAAAACGAAUGAGUUGCUGGAUUGAUCGGGAUCACGAUGCUAACACAAAGUUUAGCGUGAUGCUCUGCUUAACAGACCUACAGACUGAACUUCAUGCUGUCUCCUCAGGGCAACAUUGAAACAGAUGUUAAGUCUAAGCAACAUAAAGAAAAAAUGCUUUGUAAUGUACUAUUUUUCAGUUGGGAUAAACUAAUCCCAUUGGCGAGCUAAAUGAAAACUUGUACGUUUAAGCUCAUCUCCUUGAAUGCCUCUGUAUCAUUUUCAGUGCAGAUGCUAUUUUUAGGUCUUUUGUUGAAAGUCCUGUUGGGUUUCCCUGUAGUUGCAAAGGCAACUACAGGGAAACCCAGUAGUUGCUCAGUAGUUGCUCGCCUGCUCGAUCUCCUCCGGUGAGUGAAAACUUAAAACAGACAAAGUUGAAUGAAGGCAAAUAUGCUGAGUAGUGGAACUGGUGAGUGACUGUUACACUCACUCUGAGCCCUAACACCAUGUAGACUGUUACACUCUGUGGGAAUGAACUCACACCGUACAAAGUGAUGAAUGUCAAAAAUUGAGAUUAAAUUUCCAUUUGUCCCCGUAUACAUAUAUACUAAUAAGAUGGUGGAUGCUAAUAUUGAAUUAUAUUGAAGUGUGAGAUAAUGAAGUCAGCAUGUGCACAACUAAUUCUUGUGUGCUUUAAAGACUCACUUUUUAAAAUCUUUUGGCUCUGUAUGACAUCACUGAGGGCAGAUGUCCUCAGUCAGACAGCUCUGGCUUUGAGCACAGUAGCCCCAUCAACCCUUCUGGUUGUGAGGGGCUGCCAAUCAGAAGAAAGCUGGCUUAAAGUGGGAGGAGCUAGAGUGGCUUGUUUCAAAGAGUGGAUGAACUGAAAAAAAAGUGUGGAGCUGACAAUGAGCAUAACAGGUCCCAUUAAAAGAUCUGCACAGAGCAUCUUUAAUAAUUACAGUUAAUAAUAAAUACUAUGCAGAUGUUAUGUUUUUAGUAUUUUGAUGGGAAUAUUCUUUAUAACAAGGCUGUUCCUAACAAUCCCAUCUGAUUUCUGAUUAAAAACACUACAAACCCAAUUCUAUCUUUAACUAACAAACAGACCCACUGAAAACUCAUUUCUCUUCUUAGGAAAGCAUUUAGAAAAAAAAAAUCAAAAAUGUUAUUUUCAUAGUCACAAGUCUCAGUACAUCCAGUACCUCAACUUGACAUUUCCA